UACCCUAAUCCGAUACCAAUUCCCAGCUGCUAGUCUACUAGUCUUCCCCGCCAAGCAAGCAAAAGUAUAUUUGUCUAAGCAGAGUCCCAGUUUCUGCUACCUCCGAACGUUUCGUUCAUUCUAGGUUUAUAUUACCCGGGCAAGUUCGCCGCCUCCCAUCAAGUUCAUCGGGAAAUACUAGAGGUGAGAUGCAGCUUCCCUUCUUCUGAAUUUCUUACCAGCUCUCCGCUGACUCUCGAGUUCUCUCCCUGAAUUUGCGCGGUAAAAACUGGGUAAUUUUCUGAUGGGGGGUUUCAUGCGAUUGUCUAUGUUUCUUGUUCUAUUUGGCUUUUUAACUUUUGGGUUUCCUUAGUAUGGCGUUUGGCUGAACGAUUGAUCGAUUCUGUUAGCUAGCUGAGACCAGGGUUUUUUUCUCUUCGCUUUUCUUCUUACUGUUCUUGAGAAUCGGUUACUGAUCGAAGGUUUUGGUGUGUUGGAUGUUAGUUUGCUGGUGGGUUUUUCGUAGAACUUGAUGGGCAAUGGUUCUUCUUUGCUUAUGUUCUAGGUAGAAUCGUGGUUUCUGUAGGUUAAAUAGAACCUGGGGAAGCUUUGCCAGUUUCCCUGUUGGAUGUUGGGUUUCAUAGUUUCGGAUUCAAUGAGGGAUAAUCGAUAGCUGUGUUAGGCCCUGCUGAUGAUGAAGGCUUACUGGGUCUCUGUGGUUGUUUCAUGUUAUAUGGUCAAAGCAAGAUUAGGAGUGUUUGUUAUAAUGGUUGCUGUUAGGUGCAUGUUUUCCUGCCCUUUUUAUUGCGUUUUUCUGAUAUAUCUUUUGAUGGAUGAUUUGAAUUGCUAGAACGGGAGGAUCAUCAUAAUUGCUUAGAAUGGGAGGUUCUGCAAUAGAAGAUGAGUGGGAGUUGACCAUGCCAUCUAGUGAGCCUCGAACAAUUGUCUUGGUUGGAAAAACUGGCAAUGGUAAGAGCGCAACAGGCAACACCAUUCUCGGAGAAAGAGUCUUCAAGUCGAGGACUAGUUCGUCUGGUGUUACAAGCAGUUGUGAAUUGCAGACAACGGUCCUGGGACAUGGUCAAAUUGUCAGUGUUAUUGAUACUCCUGGACUUUUUGAUGCUUCCAUCGGAUCUGAUUUUAUUGGCAAAGAAAUAGUCAAAUGCAUCAAUAUGGCAAAAGAUGGCAUUCAUGCUGUCAUACUUGUUUUGACCGUGAGGAAUCGCUUUUCGGAGGAGGAAGGAGCUGCAAUUCGGAGCCUACAGUCUUUAUUCGGGACGAAGAUAGUCAACUACAUGGUUGUAGUCUUCACUGGUGGGGAUGAUCUGGAGGAAAAUGAUGAAACUUUAGACGAUUACCUGGGUCGUGAUUGCCCUCAGUCUUUGAAGGAAAUCAUGCAACUAUGCAACAAUCGAGUUGUGCUUUUUGAUAACAAGACUAAAGAUGAACUGAAGAGGGUUGAACAGGUCAAGCAGCUGAUGACACUUGUGGACAGUGUCAUAUCACAGAAUGAUGGAAAACCGUACACAGAUGAUAUCUUCAUCGAGAUGCAGAAGGCGAAGAUCCUGCGUGAUAAAAAACAUGAGGUCAAUGCCCAGAACUUGAAGGGUGCCUCUGAUCAGGAACUGGUAAAUCUGACAGCAGAAAUGAACAAGGCAUAUGAUGAACAGCUUAAACGCAUUACUCAAAUGGUUGAGGAAAAGCUAAGGGAGACGACGAGCAGGCUGGAGCAGCAGCUGGCAGAGGAGCAAGCUGCACGACUGAGGGCAGAGGAGGUCGCCCAGAUGGCUCAGUUGCAAUCCAAUGAUGAAAUCCGUAAGCUCCGGGAGAAUCUAGAGAGAGCUCAGAAGGAAACCGAGGAGCUCCGCAAGAAGGCUGAGAAGGUGUGCACAAUCCUCUGAUGCAGCUAAGAGCAGCACACAUUUGCUCUGUGGGGCUAAAUGUGUUGGUAGAUCUUCUGUUAUGUGGCCAUAUUGUCGGACUCAUGAAAAAUUCGGACUCGGUUGAGGGAUAAUGACGUGACGAUGUCGAGAUUUUAGUUCUGGUGUAAAUAUGACUCUUUCCAAAUUUUUCGGGUUUACUGGAUUUGGAGUAUUGAGGUACGCAUGCAUGUCAUAUAUGCGGUUUGAUGUGGUAAAUGAUUUGUACGUUUUGCGCUUAUAACCACAGUUCUCGUGUCUAGUUUGUAGUUAGGGGUAGGAGUCUGCAACGGGUUUGGUCCAUACUGGACCACAUCAGACCAACCGAUGUUUGGAUCGGAUUAUAUCGAACUGAAUAUAUGAAUGGAUCUAGUACUCUUUGGUAUGAUGAAUUUUAUACAUACGGAAAAAAAUUGUUUGAAUUGACAUUUGGGUUGGACCUACUCGAAUCAAAUGCAAUAUUAAUC